UGCCGCCGUGCCCGCCGCCGCUAUCUCCCGGCCUUACUAGCGCGGUUCUUACGGCGGCGGCGGCGGCCAUGGCGGCGACUGGAGUCGCAACGCGGAGGACGACGUGGCGGCGGUGCUGUUCGUGCUGCUGGCGCUUGUGCUGACCGGCGUCUGCGGAGACUCCUCGACCGACGGUGGAGGACUAAUCUGCACACGCUGUUGUUCAUGUCAUGGUUGGCGCCGCUGGUCUGCUGUUUCGUCCUGGUCAUCGCCUGUCAGCCUGAAGAGCGUUCUGCAGUGUCCUCACAAGAUUCUGAAAGGCUACAUGUACAAAUCACAGUUCCGGAGAAAAUACGGUCAAUAGCAAGUGGAGGACGUGAAUCACAUGUGUCCUACAACAUUGUAAUUGAAGGGAAAACAUAUACUGUGAACCUAAUGCGAACAACAUUUUUACCUCAUAAUUUUAGAGUUUAUGGCUAUAAUGGCACAGGAAUUAUGAGACCUCUUCAACAACAGUUUCAG